AUGAUUAAGGGAGUAUUAUUAGAGUGCGAACGGGUGGCCAUACAAGUGGCCAUAGGGGCGGGUGCUCUGAUACGGUCAGCUCGAUCGGCCGGGCGUCUAGAGAUCUCGGCCAAAGAGUCUGCCGUAGAUUUAGUCACCGAAACGGACAAACAGGUGGAGCGGUAUGUAUUUGAUAGCAUAAGACAACACUUCCCUAACCACCGGUUCAUCGGCGAAGAGUCCCGGUCUGAAGGCACCGGCACUGAGCCCCGGGGGCUGACCUCUGACCCCACAUGGAUUAUAGACCCCAUCGACGGUACCAUGAAUUUCGUGCACAACAACCCCAACACAUGCGUUAGCAUAGCGCUGGCCGUCGGCGGCCAACCGGUAGUCGGUGUGAUAUACGGACCGUUUCUGGACAAGCUAUACACCGCCCGAUUGGGUGCCGGCGCCCGGUGUAACGGCCAACCAAUCACCGCCCGCACAAACUGUCGCAAACUAUCCGACGCGAUGCUAAUCACAGAGAUGGGCAACCAUCAGGAGCCCGACCAGCGCCGGGCUGUUAUGGCCAACAUAGAGGCCAUUAUCUGGCGGUCACACGGGUUCAGGUGUAUGGGGUCGACGGCUCUACAGCUGUGUUGUUUGGCCGAAGGGGCGGCCGACGGCUUUUGGCACUUUGGUAUACAUGUGUGGGAUUACGCGGCCGGAGGUCUCAUAUUGACUGAGGCCGGGGGUGUAGUGUUGGACACCCAGGGAGGGCCCAUUGACUGGUGCCGUAGGCGUGUGUUGGCCGCCAGUUCACCCGAGUUGGGUCAAGAGCUGAGUGCGGCCCUCAUCGAGCAUUUAGAAUCGAAAGCGAUGAUCACAAACAAUGUAUCGAUAAUCGAGUUUGACUACCGAUACGGGAGUUAUAGUACGUUUGAGAGCGGCACACAAAGACUAAUGAUUAUAACCAAGACUGAGCAAAGCUUUCAAAAGGUUUCAAAAAAAAAUAUGUUGCCCUAUAAUGCGGGCAAAUGCACUGGAAUGCGCGCUCAGCUCAUCCGAAUCAAUGUUGCUGCGUUUGAUGGCACGGCUUCCAGUACAACACUACUUUCCAUUGUAUAUACUACGAUCAACGAAUUGGCCACAAACGAGUCGGAUCUGUUCGGUGCGAUUGAUACGCUGAAGAAUCUGGAGACACUCAACAUUAAGAAAACCGGCGUUACCACAUUGCCCACAAUGAGUUUAUCGGGUUUAAGAAAUUUACAAAAGAUAAUGUUUUGGAAUAAUCCACUAAAGACUAUAUUUGCCGAUGCGAUCCAUAAUUUACCAUCCCUUACAAAGCUGACAUUCAAAGACAGCCCAAUAGAACGUGUGUCCGAACACCCCUUCACAAUUGGUCGUAACACUACUGACCAAAGUUUAGAAAUAGAGUUUGAUCCUUUACUAAACGACAGUUUCGACAGCAGUACGUUUGCGUCGAUCGGUUGCCCAACAACUAUACGACUGCUAAAAGGAUCGAUGAAAUACAUGAACAAGUGCGAACGGGUAGCCAUAGAGGUGGCCAUAGGGGCGGGCGCUCUGAUGCGAUCGGCGCGAUCGGGAGGCCGUCUGGUCGUCAGCACUAAAGCCAAUAACACAGAUCUGGUGACCGAAACGGACAAACAGGUGGAGCGGUAUGUCUUCGACAGCAUUCGCCGACACUUUCCCGACCACCGGUUCAUCGGCGAAGAGUCACGAUAUGAGGGCAAC